AAGGGUAAAACCAUUUCAUUUUCAAGAACAUGUCAAGCUUUUAGCUUUUCUUUUACAACAGCAGCCCCAGCCACGAGCGCCUCAAGCACUCUCUCUUUCCUUUUGAAAAAAUGGAGCUUUGUACAACACAAGCCAUCACCAAUCUCCCCAACAACAGUCACCACCGUUCGCUCCCCACCACGUGCUCUAGUCUAGGUCGUACAAAAACCUCACUCUAUCUCAGGCAAACCACCGUCUCUCGUUCUGGUUACGGCCUACGCUCCCGAACUUUGUUUUACACUGAUCCAUUGCCAAGAGCAAUAAAGUCCGAAGAAACGUCAAGUGGAUCAAAUCCUUAUAUCAGUGAUAAACGUGAUGCUGUAGUCACCGUUGAAGAUGUUCAACCAGUUGACAGCAAUGUGUACAAUGAAAGUGUGACUACAGAAGUACCUAAAGAAGAAUCACCUGUUGAUGAGCAAACAAAUGAGCUUUUAGAUAAUCUUAAUAUAAAGUUUGACACUGAAGAUGCAUAUUCAGUUAUUUUAUAUGGAAGCAGUGCAUUAGUCUUGAUAUGGUUGGCAUCAACAAUUGUCAGUGCCAUUGAUUCAAUUCCUCUGUUUCCCAAGUUGCUGCAAGUUGUGGGUCUUGGCUACACUUUCUGGUUCAGCACCCGCUACCUGUUGUUCAAGGAAAAUAGAGAGGAGUUGAGUUCUAAGAUUGAAGAGCUUAAGCAGCAGGUUCUGGGAACAAAUGAUGAUUGAAAUUUGAUGAAAGGUAGGAAUAAUGAAGUGUGUGCAGCUCCAGAGCCAGAGGAUGAGUGUAGAGCAAACAUCUUCACUUGUUAAAUAUAUAGGCAGUUUUUCAUAUGAUGAUGUUUAUCCCUAGACUAGUUAGAGGCAUAUAUGUUUCAUUAUUCAUUUUUUCUGUGUCUGUAUUAAUGUAUGUUUGAUUGGGUUCAUCGACAAAUAUGCCUUUAAAGUAAACAUGUAGUUAUAAGUAACAAGAACACCACAUUUCCAUAA